CUACUGAGAUUUUGAGGCGAGACGCAUCCGCACUCCUCAUUUGGAGGUCAAGACUGGAAAACAGGAGAAAAUACCUACAAGUUUCGAAUUUAUUGUAUUCAAUUUUUUGCCUUAAUACUCCCUCUUAGAAGUAAAUACGAAGUUUUAACUGUUAGCCAUAACCUAAAAAUGAAUUUCAAUUCAACAAAAGCUGAUCUAGUUUUAAAAUAUCCACCCAUAAUGGACUGGACUUCAGAAGAGGUCAAAUUUAUACCAGAAUUUCGAAAACGUGUGAGUGACCUUAACGAUGAGGAGAUGACAAGUGAUGAAACUCUGAUCAGAUUUUUUAGGGCACGCGAUGGUGAUCUGGACAAGGCGGAAACUAUGCUAAGAAAGUCAGCUAAAUGGUUCUGGGACAAUAACGUGCUCAGCUACAGAACAGGAGGACGCCUCCCACCUUCCAUAUUAACGGAUGACUUCGCAGUCCAAGUCCUCGGAACGGACUUUGAAGGCUACCCCGUCAUCUACACCCCAAUUGGCCGCUGGAAUAUUCGAGAUCGUAUAAACGAUGGUUAUCUCGAGGAAAUCAUGCAAGGGAGAUUCUACUCUUUGGAGGGGGUUAUCAUGAAGGCAGUGCGGGACAGUGGGAUGGGUCAGUUCGUAUGCAUCCUUGACUUGGAGGAAGUCUCGUUCUACAAAGUGGCCCAUGUAGAAACUAUCAAUGUUAUUAAGAAAUUCUUACAAGACUUACAAGAUAACUAUCCCGAACGAGUAAGAUCUGCUCAUAUGGUGAAUGCUCAUUGGAUUUUGUCAUACAUCUUGACCCUUUUCAAGCCAUACGUUUCUAAUAAAACGUUGGAUAAAGUGAUCGUGUAUGAUGGAAACAAGUCGAAAUAUUUGUCGCAUUUGAAAACCCACAUCCCAGCGGAAAUCCUCCCUGUAACGUUGGCAAAUUUGAAAUAAAUUGCUUCCUUGUGUAAAUUCGAACUUAAUUUUCUGAAGAAUGUUGGGAUACCUAAAAAUAUGUUCAAUAUCUAUGUUAACUUUAAUAGACAUCAAUGAUGUCACAUCAUGCAAUUUUGCUUGAAUGAAUGAAAAUGUAUUUAUUUUACUAGCAAUUUUAACUUACAUAAAAAGCAACGUAUGUAAUUCGGACAAACUUUCGAUACUUUUUUCAAGUUGAUUGUGUUUUUGUUUUCGAACUUUUUACCAAAAAAUGUGACAUCCUUAUAUUUAAAUUAAUGUAAAUAAAUAAAAGUGUAUCGAUCGAU